UGCAGGUGGUGUGUAGUAGACUCCUGCACGUAGCUCACAAACUCUUUGGACCCCUCGGUGUUUAGCAAUGCAAGGUUAAUGCACUUUGUUUAACCAGAGCCUUCUGUAAAAAAAAAAAAAAAAAAAAAAGUACAAAAAUAAAGAUAGAAAGAGGGACUUGGUGCGAGCUUUCCAGUGAGGAGGAGACCCCGGAGCUCGUCGUCCAUCCCAAACCAGCCGUACAAUGGCACCGUCCCUCAUCGGAGCUUGCCGCAGUCUGGCUCUCUCGACGUGGCUGCUGUCGUUUUGUUUCGUCCACCUGCUGUGCCUGGACUUCACGGUUGCAGAGAAAGAGGAAUGGUACACGGCGUUCGUCAACAUCACCUAUCUGGACCCCGUCACAUCGGAGGUCAAGACAGAGAAAACCGAGUGCGGUCGGUAUGGCGAGCACUCGCCGAAGAAAGAAGCCAGAGGUCUGGUCCUGGUGCCGUCGUCCCUGCAGGACAGACAGGCGUGCGACCCAAACGUCAGGUUCCCUCCCGUCUUUCACAACACCGCCUGGGUGGCGUUGGUGGCUGCGGGGAAUUGCACAUACCGAGAGAAAAUCCGUAACGUUGCCAACCUCAACGCCUCUGCAGUUGUCAUAUACAAUGUGGGCUCCAGCAGUGCCAACGACACCAUAACAAUGCCCCAUCCAGGUACAGGCGAUGUUGUGGCCAUUAUGAUCCCAGAGCCUAAAGGUCGUGAGAUUGUGGCGUUGCUGGAGCAACACAUCAACAUCAUGUUAUACAUCACCAUAGGAACCCGCAACCUGCAGAAGUACGUGAGCAGAACAUCGGUAGUGUUUGUCUCCAUCUCCUUCAUCGUUCUCAUGAUCAUCUCCCUCGCCUGGCUUGUCUUCUACUAUAUCCAGAGGUUCCGCUAUGCUAAUGCACGAGACCGCAACCAGAGACGUUUAGGAGAUGCUGCAAAAAAGGCCAUGAGUAAGCUGCAAGUACGCACCAUUAAGAAAGGAGACAAGGAGACUGAGUCAGACUUUGACAACUGUGCAGUUUGCAUUGAAGGUUAUAAGCCUAAUGAUGUCGUAAGGAUAUUACCAUGCAGACAUGUCUUCCAUAAGCACUGUGUAGACCCAUGGUUACAAGACCACCGGACGUGUCCCAUGUGUAAAAUGAACAUCCUUAAAGCUUUGGGAAUCCUACUGAACCCUGACUGUUCAGACGACAUUCCUCCAGACUACGAGACAUCUGUCGGAGGUCCACCCACAAACCCCAUCAGUGGGGCUAGUGAAAUCACAGUUAACGAAAGUUCGGUGGUUCUGGAUCCAGCCGGAAGAGUGAUUGACCUACAGCAGUUCCAUCCUAAUGCAGAGACAGACCCUCCAGCAGGGAAUGAGAGCCGCAUCAUCGCCAGCAGUGAGCACCAGCCUCCGCUGAGCAGUGAUUCAGACACUUCUAUCAUCAUGGGCAUGGAGGUAGGCAUAUCUGAAGUGGACCUGUCCACGGAGCAGGAAUGUGAGGGGGCGAAAUCCUGAGCCAAUCGAAGCUCA